CGGAGGAAGUAGGUCAACAGGGCGAAGCCUCUAAGCUCCGGCCGUUUCUCCACCGAAAACGUCCUACUCCCUCUUCUUCCUCGUCAAACGGCUCGGUUAUUGUGCUCCGAUGCGCGGUAUUUGGUUCGUGCGAAUGAGUUUUUCCAGCGUGGGCCCGGGCUGAAGAGUCGAGUCUGCCAGUUGUCGGAUUUUCCUGCUAACAGCUAGUGAGCUAGCUGUGUGUAAACAACAAGGAUGAAGCGGGUGAAAGGAGCUGAGGAGGGCAGCAACAGCUCCACCAGUAAAAGCCCACCAGAGUCUCGCAAGAAGGUUCGGAAGCAGGUGAGCGAGGAGUCAGAGGCUGUGGUGCCCGGCGAGUCACCAGACUGCGAGUGGGCACGGCUGCCUCAGGAGCUUCUGCUCCACAUCUUCCAGUACCUUCCUCUGCUGGACCGGGCAUAUGCCUCUCAGGUGUGUCGCAGGUGGAACCAGGCUUUCCACAUGCCUGAGCUGUGGAGAUGCUUUGAAUUUGAGCUUAACCAGCCAGCUAGCUCUUACCUGAAAGCCACACAUCCAGACCUCAUCAAGCAGAUCAUAAAGAGGCACUCCAACCACCUGCAGUACGUUAGCUUCAAGGUGGACAGUAGCACAGAGUCUGCAGAGGCAGCAUGUGACAUUCUUUCACAGUUGGUGAAUUGCUCACUGAAGACUUUGGGGCUCAUCUCCACAGCCAGGCCUAGUUUCAUGGAGGUUCCAAAGUCUCAUUUCAUCUCGGCUCUGACUGUGGUGUUUGUCAACUCGAAGUCGCUGUCUUCGCUGAAGAUUGACGACACGCCUGUUGACGAUCCGUCUCUGAAGGUGCUGGUGGCCAACAACAGUGACACCCUGAAACUGCUGAAGAUGAGCAGCUGCCCUCACGUCUCUCCAGCAGGAAUCCUGUGUGUGGCAGACCAGUGUCACGGGUUGAGAGAGCUAGCGCUCAACUACCACCUCUUGAGCGAUGAACUCCUGCUGGCCCUCUCCUCAGAGAAACACGUCCACCUGGAACACUUGCGCAUCGACGUGGUGAGUGAGAACCCCGGCCAGCACUUCCACACCAUCAAGAAGAGCAGCUGGGACGCCAUGGUGCGACACUCGCCCAAAUUCAACCUGGUCAUGUACUUCUUCCUCUAUGAGGAAGAGUUCGGCCCUUUUUUUAACGAGGAGAUCCCCGUCACACACCUCUACUUCGGCCGCUCGGUGAGCAAGGAGGUCUUGGGCCGCGUUGGCCUCCACUGCCCCCGUCUGGUGGAGCUGGUGGUAUGCGCCAACGGCCUGCGUCCUCUGGAUGAGGAGCUGAUCCGCAUCGCAAAGCACUGCACCCAGCUGUCAGCCAUCGGCCUUGGCGAGUGCGAAGUUUCUUGCAGCGCAUUUGUUGAAUUUGUCAAGAUGUGCGGCCGGAGGCUGUCCCAGCUCUCUAUCAUGGAGGAGGUGCUGAUUCCUGAUCACAAAUACUCCCUAGAUGAGAUUCACUGGGAGGUUUCGAAGCACCUGGGACGUGUCUGGUUCCCGGACAUGAUGCCGACCUGGUAGAUUUAAGCCAGAGAGGAGUUUAGUACGUCAAGUAUGUGGUGUAGAACAGUCACAGCCUCCAUGUUUGCAUUGAAAAGCCUCUUAAUGCUUAACUAUAGUGGAGGGAAUGUUUGGUGCCAACAUGGAGAGCAUAAACUCGCUGAACCUCUGUGUGUAGGGGUAUAAUGGGGCGCCCAACUGCUACACAAUGUUAUCAUGUAGUGCAAACACCACAAAAAUCUCUGCCUGUUAGCUUCAAAGUGGACUGAGGAAUCCUGCUUUGUCUAACGUGGAGACAGAACUCGGCAGGCUGGCUUCUUAACACAAUAAACAAUCAGUAGACAGAGCAGCGUAGGUGGAAAUAUUUGACGAAAAAAAGCAAUGUUUUUAUAACUGCAAACUGAGUUACACAGACAUAGUAGCUUGGUUAUGAUAAUCAUUAUUAUGAGAGAUGUCUGUGUGUGUGCAUAUGUGUGCACAUGUGCGUGCGGUGUGUGUGUGUGUGUGUGUGUGUUUUAAUGUUUUUUUAACAUUGUGGAGUAAUUUGGGACAAGUAGGUGCACAAUUGCAUGUAGUUACACUACCACUUGGCUUACUUAAAUCCAGUCUGAGAUAACAGCUCUGCUCUCUAACACAACGUGGCAUUGGAGGUUUCCAAAUGGCUGCAACAUUAUUUGCAUAUAGGAUGCGUUUCGGAGGCGUAGUUGAGAGUGGGUUCACUUAAUUUAGCAUUUGAGCGGCUGGUCCUUCACCCCAUUUUAAACUAAUUUUAACACAAAGAGCAGCAGUGGUGUUAAUGACAUCUUGCUUCUCCUCUUCGCCCAUGCUCAAUCACGCAUUAGAGAAGAAAACUUUACUGAUGAAAAGUUUAGAAGUUGGCCAGGAGAGAACCAGACGUGUAUAUAGCUCUCUGUAUUUGUGAUGUGAAGGUGUACAUUGUUGAUUAAUGUCAUAGAUUUUUAUUUUCAUCCAAGUUAAGCAGAUAUUUCUCUCCUGCAUUGUGCAUCAAUUGGCUAAUUUCUCUAUUUUUAUUGAGAAGGUUUCUGUACAGUCAUAGUUUUUCUAAGCACCUUACAUGAAUACCAAAUAAUCACUAGGACAAACUAAGUCCUCCUACCCUAAUGAGAGCAAGGAAAUGAGCUUUAUAAUGCUCCAAUUUGUCUUAGUUGGAUCCAGAUUUUAAUGCUCAUUUUUUAUGCUGUGCUGGGUUUCUGAUGAGUCAGAGACCAGAACAGUACACUGAAGUGGUGAAACAUUGAUGUAAUGUAAAUAUAAACAGUGCACAGACAUGUCUGAAUUUGGAGGUAGAUAUUGUCUCCAACCUUCAUACUUGGAUUGCUUUGUAAUUUUUCAACAAUAGACUAGAGUCUCUGCAGCUAUUAGCUUACAAUGCACACUGAGAAUGCAAAACUAAGCCUUUGUGUCUCAGAUGCAUUAAAUGAAUAUAUUUCCUAUAUAGGUUUCAUUUGUAUCUUCUGCUGUUUGCCUGUUCAAGCUCUAAACCUGUUGUGAAUAUCUGCCCUCCUGUAAGCCCACAUUUGCUCUGUAUCAUGUUGUUGCAUCAUACAUAAAAGAGAGGAAGCAGUAUUCAUCUUUUCAUUACAAACACUGUCUUUGCAGAUUUCAUUAGUGCUCCUGACCCACACAUGCAUUCAUUUCAGUUCGAAAGAGAUUUGGCAAGUCAGAUGAGUGAAACAAACUUUUUUUUCCUUUAAGAAGGAAGUCAAAUGCAUCUGUAUGUAAAACGCUGUGUGUUUGAUUAUAAUGAAUAGAAAUGUACUUAUUUCUUUAUUUCACCCUCUGUCAGGGUUUGAAGUUUCCUUAACAGCUCGUGUCUUUUAUAAAACCAGAGUGCGAGUUAUCCUUUACUAGAUGGAUCUUUUUAAUACUGUAGUUAAUAGAGAAGAUGAAGCUGUGUAAUUUAUUGAUAUGGAUACUGCUUUUGUAAUUGUUUUGUUUUUUGUUUGUUUUUUUCAGUUAUAAAAGAUCAAUUAUUAUAACCAGCAAGUAGACCAGCAGCAAGAUUGGUUUUGACCCUUCCACUUCUUGUAACCAUGGUUUUGUUUCAUGCAGGUGGUUCAAAAGUUUUGAGUCCACUACAUUUUAAAUUUAAUCAAUAAUCAGCACAGUGGAGAGAUUUUAACAAGCAAGUGCCACACUCCAUUCGGUUAAUUUAAUGCUGACACUCUAUGUGCAGAGGAAGGCCAUUGUUUUUGUCUUAAACUGUGUAAGAUGAUUCAUUUUCCAGGAUUCAAAUUGAACUGAAAGGUGCGCAGAUUUACAUGGCUCUGUCUCCACAGUUAUCAUAAUUCCAUAAUGACCAUCUUUAGGAAAAUUGUAAAAUCAUUUAAAAACAAAUAAGACAUCACUGGGAUCUACUUAAAAAGAGCUGGAAUAACAUAGAGUGCAAAAAUCUGCAGAAAUACGUAGAGGGCACUUAAAAUAUGAAGACAUUGCAAAAUCGCAAUCAAACCUUUUCACUUUUUACACUGUAUGUUAUUAAAAGCUAUGUAAUUGACUUUGAGAGCCAUAAGUUGUCAAAAAUGUAUUUUUAUAGAAAGUUAUCAGUAGUGGACAAGCUUUUGGAUGGCACUGUAUGUCUUUAGAAUUUAUGUAAAACACAGAUUUUGAUUUAUUUUUCUGCCGGAUUUUAUUAUUUCUAUCCAUCACUCAUUUCAUGUAGUCAAACAGUGACAAAAACAGACACUUUACUGCAGGAUGUGUGGAUGCUUCUUAGUGGUAUUUGAUUGACGUAACAUAGUCUAUUGAUAGUAGUGGUCUCUGAUCACUGACGUAAAUUCCUGUGCCGAUUGUCUGUGCUCGUGUACGUUAGCAUCUCAACGGUACAGUAACAUAUCUUCUGAUUAUUUCUCAUAAUUUGUUCAGUGUGUUUAACAGUGGCCGUGGCAGCAGCUCUAAAGUGAAGACUGUGUCUCCAUACUCAGCUGGUUUUAAUCAUUUUCCUGUUGUUUCUAUUGGCUUUUCUUGGAAAAUUCUGCUGGAUGAGUUUCAUAUGAAUGCAGAUGAAGAGGGAAAAUUUAUUUAUCUUUGAUCAUGAAUAUGCCUCUUGUCGAUAUGUUAUUUUCCAGUAAGUUUUAUUCAGAGUAAACUGGUGUUGACAGUGCUGUCCUUCAGUUUUGCUUCUGUAUGACAAAUGCUUUUGUCUGCUUUGCUUUACUGGUCACCUGUCUUGAAAUUAAAAUUAUGGUUUUGAAUAUGUGAUCUUAUACCGGUAAUUAAAAAAAAAAUUGUGACUGUA